GUGGCUUAUUAUGUCAAGUUGCGCAAAGAUCACUUCAUUACAAAACCGUCAGUGCCCACAUCAAGAACUAUACCAGAGUAAGCUGAGCAGGUCACAAAUUCAACAUGGUUCUCCAGCAAUGUUUGGCAUGUAACACAGUGAUGACAGAGUCUUGCAGGUCAUGCGUUUGUGGUCACGUGUUCAAAGACGUGAGAAAGAUUUGUGGAAAGAGGUUCUCAGAAUAUCGCGCUGAGUUAUACACACGCUUGGAAAACAGGAGAAUAAAACAGUUGGUACGACAAAACCGAAAAGCCAGCGAAAAGGGAACUUCCCAACAACCUCUCAAAGAACACAAGGGCAACCGGGAAGAAUCUUUAGUCGUUGCUUCAGCGCUCAAACCAAAGACCCACUCAGUUCAUUCUAAACCACUUCACCGAAGAAUAAAAGGCAAACGAUAUUCGCGCCCAGUAAACCCACCAUCAAACAAAACAACCAGCGUGCCACCAGAACUAGUGUCCAGGCUUCCAAGUGCUCUGCAAGAAAUCAACAGAAGACUGACGGGACAAAACUUAGUAUGGUGGACAAUGCACUUAUUAUAACAGCUACGACCAUCACAGGAUCAACUAAACAGGGAGCGAAAGUGACUUCUGAUCAUAAAUGGUCAUACACUGUUACCAGGUAGCAGACAUAGUUUCAAGACAAAUCUGGUAUCUGACCUAAGUUUCCCGCUGACAAACACGCUGAACUGAAUCACAUUAGUGAAGGAAAGCGUUUCAGACGCUUUAAAAAUUGGUGUCUCCGGCUUGUUUUGAUGCAGUAGAUUAUCAAAGUCCGAGGAACAUUACGAUGUUUGGAUAACUAUGAUCUCGAGGAAGGAGAUAGAACUGUUACCUAUAUACAAAUUUUAUAUUUAUACCUUUUAUUGGAAAAAUAUCUCGGUCCGAACUCUUAUCUACUUGUAGAUAAGGAACGACUCAUAUUAUCUACAGGCAUUACGGAAACCGGUCAUGAGUCGUUUCGUACCCAUCUCGGUCGAUUUGUACCCAUUCAACUGAGUCGUUUAGUGCCCAUACUGAUAAAGUUAAGUAUGUUAAAAUAACCGAAUUUAUUACCGUUAUAACAAAGGGGGAAAAAUUACAUUUACAUUAGCUUUUGUUGUUAUAAACAGUACACUAUGCUAUUAAAAAUAUCCCAAUUGUUUAGUAGUUUAUCGCAAUAUAAUUUCGCUUGUAUCUGACUUGCUAGACUCUACUAACUUGUCGUAAGCAACAAUCAACGCAACGCGCUGAUGUUUCGAUUGAACGUAGAUUGGGAAGGAUACGAAUCGAGACUACACGCACUCGUGUUACGUGUUGCUAUCAUUAAAUUUCCUUUAAGACCACCUGGAAGGUGAAAAGGAAAUGCAGGGGUUUUUAUGGACGUGAUGUACAAAUGAGAUUGAAAAAAUAGAGGACUGACUUAAAGCUCGAAUCGGAAUCAGAGUGAAUAAAAACUUAUUUGUAAACAAUAUCAGAUCAGGUGGAACACUCAGAUACAUCGGCACUGUUAUCUAUUAAGUUUAUUCUCGACCUACAGUUUUUCAAUUGGAAAUUACAGCAGUGAAGAGAAGGAAAGAGGAAAAAGGCCAUGUAUAUACCGUCACCGUUCUCA